GUCCGUCUUCUCCGUCUGUUCAACUCGGCUGUCUGGUUCUGCAGGGCGCUGACAAGAGCCUCACCCGCAGGAAAAAAUUUUUUUUAUCAACGUAUAUUUAUCUUUCAUCAUGUUUAUGUUACAGGUCUUCACAAGAGAGCAUAAAAGCUGCAAAAAUCCGUUUUCGCUGAUUGGCUCUUGAAAAGAUCCCAGAUUGUUCAGCUUGACUGUCACCAUGGCGACCGUGGUGAUGGAGCAGAUUGGCCGUUUGUUUAUAAACGUGCAACAACUGCGUCAGAUCCCCCAGCUGCUCGAGUCUGCAUUUCCCACACUGCCAUGCACUGUGAGCAUCAGUGACGUGCCUCACGUCUUCAGGGAAACGCACAUCCUCACGGGCUACCGGCCACCUGACCACAGCUGGCGCUACUACUUCCUCUCGCUCUUCCAGCGGCACAAUGAGACGAUAAACGUGUGGACGCACUUGCUAGCCUCGCUUGUCAUACUCGCCAAGUUCCGGGAAAUGUCUGAGACUGUGGACUUCCUGCGUGACCCACAUGCACAGCCGCUCUUCAUUGGUCUCCUGACUGCGUUCACCUAUCUGGCCUGCAGCACUCUCGCCCACCUGCUCGCUGCCAAGUCUGAGCUCUCCAAUUACACAUUCUAUUUCCUGGACUAUGUGGGUGUCGCUGUGUACCAGUACGGCAGUGCCCUGGUACAUUUCUACUACGCGGUGGAAGAAACUUGGCAUGCUUACAUUCGAGGCUUCUUCUUGCCCACUGCUGCUUUUAUGGCAUGGCUCUCCUGCGCCGGUUGCUGCUAUGGCAAGUAUGCCAGUCAGCGUCUACAGAGGUUCGGCCACAAGUUCUGUCAGAUGGUGCCCUCAUCCCUGGCCUAUUGCUUAGAUAUCAGCCCCGUGGUGCAUCGCAUUUACACGUGCUACAGUUCACAGCAGGUUUGCACUGACCCAGCUGUAACUUUCCACUUUUAUCAAAUCCUCUUCUUUCUGGUCAGUGCCUUCUUCUUCUCUUACCCUCAUCCAGAGUGCUGGUUCCCUGGGCGCUGCGACUUUAUCGGCCAGGGCCACCAGAUCUUUCACGUGUUUCUCGUGUUGUGCACGCUGAUGCAGAUUGAGGCUGUGCGCAUGGACUACACUGAGCGCAGGCCCUUGUACGAGCGCCUGCACGGUGAUUUGGCUCAGGAUGCCGCAGCUCUCUUCGUCUUCACAACGUGCUGCAGUGCCCUCACUGCCUUCUACGUGCGGAAGCGAGUGAAAACCUACCUUGAGGAAAAACAAGAAUAACUUUCAACCGUUAAAAAGCAGGAGGGAUGAGACAUAGGAAGGCAAGAAUGAAGGAGGAGGACUUGAGCAAAUGAUCGCACUGAUAAAAUAAGUGUCUUGAAAAUGACAGACCUGUCAUUUAAUGACAUUUAUGUGGGUGAGGAAUUGGAGUGUGAGCCUUGUAUUUGUCUGUUGGACUACCAACAAACGACAAAACAAAAAAACGACGUAUUUUUAAUCAUGUACUGUUCAUAACAUUUAUAGUUCAAAACACACAUGAAGACAGGAAACUAAAGUAUAUGAGUAGAGAGAUUUUACUCUGAUAAAAUCUACUCUGAAGGCUUCUGAAAGUCCAGUUGCAUGAAUGUGUGAUCUGUUUAAUGGGUGCAAAGGCACUGUAGACUUAACUGCAAUGUUGACCGACUAAAAACCUGACCUCAGCUCAGAUGGUGUACUAUGCAUAUUUUUUUGUGAGUAAUGCGUUCACAUUGUGAAACCUGAGACAUAGUAAACUAGUAAUACCCUGAUGAUGGACAAAAGCCGUGGGAAAGUGUGUGGACACUUUUUGCACUAAAUCAUUACAUCGCAGAGCCACCAGGGGGUGCUGUAGUGUAGUUUUACUGAAUGAGGCCGCCACUAGACACAAAUUUAAACAACAGCAAUGGUUCCGUUUGCUGUUCUGGUGCCCUUAUUGACAGCCCUUAUUGCCACAUGUACAAUUAUAGUAAAAUAUCUAUAGAUUUUUUUCUUAGGAAGCCGGGGAGUGCAGGAUCAUUCAUUGAUAAAACGUCUCUAAAGCAGACAAGGUUCAAAGCCUUGCUCAAGGGUCAGCAGUAGGAGCUUAACAGUGCUUCAGUACCUUCUUAUCAGCUGACCAGAACCUUAACCUUAACCUCCAUAAGUUAGCAUUUGAUUUGAGACAAUACAAACGUACAGGAAUUAGGCACUUUCAAAGCUUAUAGUAGAGAUUGUUUUCUUUUACUAUCCCAUCCUGCAGAGAUUUUCGGAACGUCCUGUCCUGCUCUCACAGAAAGUUUGGCCUUUGGCCAAUCCCGCCUGCUCCUGCAGUAUUGUUUGUAUCUGCCUGCCAUGUUUAUUUAACAGACAUAGUUGGAUAAGUUUCCCAAAAUAUAGAUAAGUUACUCAUGGAAACCACUGCACCAGCACAGAAAACGAAUGGUGAAUGCUUUAUACAAUGCCGCAUGAGCACUCAGCAUGCUCCCCUGUCAAUGACCAUGGCCUUUAUCUUGUAUGCUUCACAUCUAACCAGUCUCUCCCGUCCAUGUGAAAAUAAAGACUCCCAUGACGUUUGAACUAGUGGGACCCCAGUCCAGAAGCACAUCUUUAGUGUAUAGUGUAUGGAACAUAUUGCAUAGUACGCCAUUUGAGACACAACUCUAAUCUCAAAAAUGCCAGUCUUUUGCACACCAUCCAUGUGUUUUUUUUCUUUCUUAAACAUUCUCGGUGUGAUGCUCCUGAUCACAUUUAUAUAGCAUCAGGUAGCAGCAUGGGAGGUCUGAAAUGGGAUAAACUCAAAUAAACUCCCUUUAUCGGUGCUUUAAAGGACAUUUAGGGCAUGGCUGCUAGAAAUGACAUUUUUAUCACUUUUUACAUCCUUAACCAUUGGCAGAAAAUAAUGGUACCAGUUCUGCUUUUGUGCAUCAUACUGUAUAUAUAUAUAUAUAUAUAUAUAUAGGCUACAAAUCAGCUUAAAGCUGACUGGUGACUUGCCUUCAUUCACCAAGUGAUGUUCAUGAGCAUCUCUAAACCUGAAAAUGUUCCAUAAUUGUGUGAAUGCAAUCACUAAGUGUCAUGUGUGCCUCUAAAUACUGCCAUUUGGUGUUGCCCUGACGGAUUGAAAUCAAUAUGCCUGUUCUUUUCAAGUCACAUGUGCCAACAUGCUUUAUAGUUGUGCUUCUGGCUGAUAGAUUUCUACUUUGCGCUGCAGUAAAACAUCACUUUCAUAUAUUUUUUUUGAGAUAGAAAGACUUCAUGAGCUAAAGUUGAAAGUCCACCCAAUGUUGAUUGAAUCGAAUUCGUUAUGGAAGUUUGCUUUAUGAUGUCACUUAUUAACAUUUGUUCAUGGGGGCUUUGGAGAAGCAGCUCGCAUGCCCUUGAUUAUGUAGUUGUAAGUGAUGCCUGCCUUUUGUCAUCAAGAUGUUAUUUCUGAACCCAAAGGGCUACAGUGUUGAAGUUUGCCUUUUAGCACUUCAUGAUGUCAAUGCCGUUGUGCACAUUGUUUCCUGGGUGAAGUGUUUAGUGUUACAGUGUGUGUUAAUGUGCCUGAAUAUGUGCAUGCAUCUAUGUGGGCCAGUGAAUGUCCAGGUGUUGUGAGUGUGUGCAGUUUCUAGUCAAUACACUAUUUAACUGCUCGUGAUAAGAAAUGCAGUGUGAGAGUGCAUAAUAGUUAGCAGUGUAUUAGGGACUUACCUUAUGUCUACCCUUCUUGCCUUUGUGUGUGUGUGUGUGUUUUUACAUCACACUAGCCUGCACUUUGUAGAUUGUAGAUUGUAGAUAUUCCAUUGACUGAAGCCCAUGUGUUUUUCAGCUCGACUCUCACUGGAAAGGGACCACAACAGGUCCACAGGGACCACUAGACUUUCCUAGAGAAGACUAAAUGUUAUUUGGGUGCUAGAUUAUUCUCAGCACAGCAGAGACACUGACAUAUUGGUGGCACUGAUAUGAGGGUAUCAGGUGCAGUAGCAUUGGGUUGAGAAAAAAGGGAUUGAGUCAAUAAUCGCUCAUCUACACGUGCAUGUAGAUAAUAAAAUGACAAGAGAGUGCAGUUACAGAGGAGAUGUGCUUAAUAAACUGGCAUAUAUGUGUAAGAAGCCAUUUUUCCUUCAUUAGAUUUAGUUUCAGCACACAUCCUACACAUGCCAUGAACGUGACCCUUUUUUUUUUUUUUCCUGUGAUGUUUAACAUGUUACCUGAUGUCGGCUUAGUUCUCCAAAAGAUUUGUAGCACCGAGAAGUGCAAGACAAGGCAUCAGACUGAACACCUUAUAACACAGAGGUGCAACUCUGCAGUGCUUUUGGGAAUGUGUGUUUUUGGUAUAUGAAUUGUGUUUAAUGUAGCCAAUGUGCACCAGCAGCGCACAAUAAGUAUGAUGUCACUGAUAGAUGGACUCAUGGACUGAUGAUGUCAUUGACCAUCUCAUGAAGUCUAAUGAAGUCUAAUGAAGUGGUUUGUGUGUUAAAACUAUGUGCCAUAAAAUGAUUGCAGCCUCUUCCUUAUUAACUGAAAUAAUUGGUUUACCAAGUUGUUUUGUCAUUGGGACUAAUUUGUAAUAUGUAAUAUUAACAGAAAAAAGUGCAUGUUGUUAUCACAAAAACUGCACAUUUAAUAUUUUUUUUUCUUCUUUAAUUCCAGCAUAUUUAUCCUGUGUGUAUGUGUGGGAAGCUAUGUGUUUCAAAACUUUGUUAAAUACCAAAAGGAAGAUGGUAAGGGAAAGCAGAAAGCUGGCACCAUGUCAGUGUGGAUACAACAACGAUGAGGUCAUCGCCAGGCACGAGCAGGCUCGAACAGCCUGUUAGAAUCUAGCUUCAAGGGAAUAACUCACUACAUAUGACUGACACAACUAAACUGUGAAAUUAAUUUUACAUUUAAUCUGGUUCAGGAAAGAACCUGAGCAGAUUUUAAAAUGUUUUAAUAAAUGAUGUUAAUAAAUUAAUUCAUGGGUUUGUGUUAUGGUCAGGACCAGACAUACAUCAUGGGAAAGUUUUGUCUCACUGACAUUAGCACUGUUUAGUGCUCUGGCAGCUCAGUGUUAAACUCUCUGCUCUCAUUCUGACUAACAGUCUUAUGUCAUACUGCAGAGACACAAGGAUAAGUUCAAAUGUCUGGGAUCUGUUAGAAACAGAGCAACAACUACAACACCAACAAUGUAUAAAAUGACUCAUGUUGCAUUGUGGAAUUAAAAUAAAUAAACGUGCUGUUCUGUC